AAACCUCGACAGAUGUUAAUGAAUUUCAAACGUCUUAUUAUAGCUUAUAUCAGUAUUAAAACAACCCUCCAUAUGACACAAGUGCUUUCGCGGUUCGGUUCAGUGAUUUUUCUACAUGAUGCAUACGCAAGCGGAGCUCGCGGAAAAAUUCACGGCCGCAUUUUACGACGCCCAAUUUAAUAAUCACGAGCAAAUUUUGAGCAACUUCGACGAGAAUUGCUUCAACAACAUCGACUCGUACGAAAACGACUUCGUCGUCGACAAUUACUUAUUCGAAAACGACAACGAAAACGAGACGUGCUCGAACUUCGACUUCGACAGCUUUUCGCAAUGCUUCGAUCGUCAGCUAAAGGGCGACCCCCCGUUCUUCGUCCCCCUGCCCUUCGGCCAGCAAAGCUCGGACCUCGACGACAUCGACCUGUCCGAUUUGUGCGAAACACUCUCGAACUCCUCCUUCGACAUCGACAGUUUUCCGUUGGAGUUCUGCGACGACGACGACGAGGCCUUCUCCGAGCAGCCGGUCGAGGCGCCCGACUUUACAAACUUCCUCCGCUACACGGAGCCGGGGUCGCUGCGUUUCGGUGACCACGCGACGACGCCGGCGUCCUUCGGGCAUCUGAUCGGUGGAAAAAUUACCAACAACUUCGAUUACCAAAGCGAUCUGACCAACCAAAUCGUUGUCGACCAGGAGACUGCACUUUUACGCAACGAUCCUCUUCUGAGCUCCAGUAGCAUCCUCAUCUACCCCAUACGCGCCCAGCGGUACGACUCCGAAAGCCAAGAGUCGGAAGUGAGCACCGACUACGAAGAUACCAAGCACUUGCUGUGCAAGUGGGAGGACUGCUACCAGCUCUACGAUUGCCAGUCGUCCUUAGUACGCCACAUCGAGAAAAAUCACGUAGAAAUCAAAAGAGGCGAAGAGUUCACGUGCUUUUGGAGCAACUGCCCACGAAAAACAAAACCGUUCAACGCCCGCUACAAACUUCUAAUCCACAUGCGCGUCCACAGCGGAGAAAAGCCCAACAAAUGCCCCUUCAAAGGCUGCACCAAGGCGUUCUCACGCUUGGAAAACCUAAAAAUACACCAGCGCAGCCACACGGGCGAACGUCCCUAUCUCUGCCAGUUCUCCAGCUGCAAAAAGAGCUUCUCCAACAGCUCGGACCGCGCGAAACACCAGCGCACGCACUUCGACACGAAACCCUACGCCUGUCAGGUCCACGGCUGCCAGAAGAAGUACACGGACCCGAGCAGCCUGAGGAAGCACGUCAAGAACCACACCUACGAGGAGCAGCUCCAGAUCAAGAACAAGUCGGCAGCGCCCUCGCCGAAGAAACUUCUCGAGACCUCGGCGAUCAGAUGCAAGACGGAGUACACCGAUCACAGCUACACGUCGACGACGACGCUCAAAUACGACGAGGAGGUCGCGUACUCGACGUACAGCAUCAAGCAGGAUUUGAAGAACAAAAUUUCGGAAAAGAGGCAGAAGAAACAAUUGCUAUUGUAAUAAUGU